CAAUCAUUCAAUUUGCCAUUAAUUUCAUUCAAACAAAUCAUACAAAAUGUGGACAAAAAGUUUAACAGUUAGUGCGCUAUUCUUGGCAUACAUUCUGACACUUACUUAUCCGGACAUAACGUGCAUAAGACUGGUGUCCCUCAACGUACCGGCGCGGGUCAAGGAGGGCAGUGAAGUGCAGUUGUCGUGUUUGUAUGACUUGGGAAACGCGUCGUUAUAUUCGUUGAAAUGGUUUUAUAGGAAUCAUAAGAAUCCUGAGGAACGGGAGUUCUUUCGGUAUACCCCUCGAGGAAAACCCGUUAAACAAGUCUUUCCAUUGGAAGGCAUUAACGUUGACUUUUAUAAAUCAGAAGGAGGAACGGUAUUCCUAACAGAAGCAAAUGGUAUGACAAGUGGUAACUACAAGUGUGAGAUCAGUGUUGAGGGAACCUUCCAAACGGUGUUCGCCGAGAAACUCAUGACUGUUGACGGUAUGUUGAAACAC